UAUCAAGAAGCUAAGCGUUUCUUUGAUGAGGCACUCUCACUGCAAAAAAAAACUGGCACUGAUAUAUUAAUAACACCACAGGAUAUUCAAGAAAACAUACAGAAGUUGUACACAUUGAAGCACAAUGGUAAGAAGAUCAAAGAACUUUAUGAGUGUCAAACAAAAUCACGUACUCGAGAACAUAAAUCCAAAGAGUAUGUUCACAAGGUGUUUUCGUUAUUCAAUUGGGGAAAAGGAAAAAAGAAGUCUCAAAAUAAAAAGUCCGAAAAUCCUCAUUCAGCAAAAGAAGAACUAUUUCUCACAGGCCAAGUUUGUUCUCAGGAUCCACAAUAUCAAGAUAAUUCCAUGGAAUAUCCUCUUCCUGAUAAAUAUCAAAGUCAUUCCCAAGACAUUCCAAAUCCAGAUGUUGAACUUCCAGUAGCAUCUCACAGCGAGAUUAACAACAUUCAGGAAAUGGAAGCAGCCCAAGCUCAAUCCGAAACAGGUCCAGCAUACGAGGAGUUUUGUUGUUUAGACGAUCUAGAACAGCACAGUCGCAGACAGUGUUCUUAUGAUAAACCCCAAAGUCAUCCUCAAGACAUUCCAGAACUUGGUUCUAAAUUUUCCGGUAAUGCAAAUGUAUAAGAUAAAAAUAUAUUUUCUUUUACUACUAUAUUAUAUAG